UAGGCAGCCAUAAGUGUAGUGAGUAGUGAGAGACAGAUUGAAAAAGCAACUGAACUCACUUUGACUUGUUAUGGCCACUGUGUUGUUUCCCUCUAUGCUCUUUCUAGCUAGAGUUUCAGGACUAGUUGUUGCAUUUCUUGUUCUCUUUUGGGCUCUCGCUUUCAAAUCUAACUUCCUUAAUCCCUCCCUUCCCCAACAUGAGGAUGCCAUCUAUAAAGUUCUCCAUCCUGUGCUUAUGGUCAUUGGCUUUAUUCUCUUAACUGGAGAAGCGAUAUUGGUUCAUAGAUGGUUACCUGGAUCAAAGGGAUCGAAGAAAUUGGUGCAUUUAUGUCUUCAAGGGGUGGCUUUAGUUUCUGGGGUAUUUGGGAUUUGGACAAGAUUCCAAGGAAGAGAUGGAUUUGUGGCCAAUUUCUACAGCCUACAUUCAUGGAUGGGUUUGAUUUGUGUAUCCCUCUUUGGAGCUCAGUGGCUUACAGGCUUCUUGAACUUUUGGCACCGAGGAGAGGUGCGAAGAGUGAGGAUAAGGAUCUUACCAUGGCAUGUAUUUCUUGGCCUAUACACUUAUGCAUUAGCAGUAGCAACAGCUGAAACUGGAUUACUAGAGAAGUUAACAUUUUUGCAGACACAGAGAAACAUAUCCAAGCACAGCCUUGAGUCCAUGAUUGUUAAUACUUUAGGCCUUGCUCUUGCUCUCCUUAGCGGCUUUGUUAUUUUGGCUGCUGUCUCACCUAAGUUUCAAAUCCUUCAAACCAAACUUUUGUACUCAGAUACAAGGUCUUUGUCAUCUUAAUAAAAUGCAUUUCAUUUGCGGAUGAUUCGGUAAAUAUAACACCUUAUUUUAAAUCUAAA